UACCUUUUUUUUAAGGGAAAAGAAAAAUUAAUUACCUUGGUACCUUAAUUAUCCAAUUAUCCGUAUUUACUAUUAAAUACACCGACGAGGUCACGUGGGCACGUGCUUCUCCCCCAGGCUUUUUAAAAGUAAAAAAGCAAGGGCUAAUUUCGUCAUUCCACACACUUCUCCCUCCCAGAUGCGCAACAAGUAUUAUAACGUUCAAAGCUCACACGGAUCUUCUCUGACCUCACCUCACUGUGCAACGGUGCUACUCUGUGUGUGUAUUUAUGCGCACAAAUAUACGUGUGCAUAUAUAUAGAGAGAGAAAUUACUUAGAGAGAGAAACCAGUUGCAAAUGCUGAAUGAAGUCCGUCGAAAUUCGCUUAAUUUCAUAUGCAGCAGGUCCCACUGAAUAGUUUUGAACUACUACGAGUGGUGGAGGAAGAAAAAAGAAAAUGGGAGAAAUUGGUGCAGAAGAUUUGGUGAAUUGGGAGAAGCUGCAAAGUAAUGGGGAUGUAAGUGAAGAGAAGAUUUUAGUGUUGGUGAGAUUAAGGCCUUUGAGCGAAAAGGAAAUCGCGCGGAACGAAGUUGCCGAUUGGGAAUGCAUCAAUUCGACCACCAUUUUGUAUCGGAACAGCCUUCAGGAGCGGUCCGGACUUCCCACGGCUUAUUCUUUUGAUAGAGUAUUUAGGGGCGACAGCCAAACGAGAGAAGUAUAUGACGAAGGAAUAAAGGAGAUUGCUCUCUCUGUUGUCGAUGGUGUCAACUCUACUGUUUUUGCGUAUGGUCAAACAAGCAGCGGAAAAACGUACACGAUGAAUGGCAUCACCGAGUAUACAGUCACUGAUAUUUACGAAUAUGUACAAAGGCAUGAAGAAAGAGCAUUUGUUAUGAAGUUUUCUGCAAUGGAGAUAUAUAACGAAGUUGUUAGAGACCUCCUUAGCACGGAGAAUACUCCACUACGCAUGCUCGAUGAUCCAGAAAGAGGGACUAUUAUAGAGAAACUCACGGAAGAAACUUUGAGGGAUUGGAAUCACCUCAAAGAGUUGUUAUCCAUCUGCGAAGCACAAAGACAAGUUGGGGAGACCUCGUUGAAUGAAGCAAGCUCUAGAUCACAUCAAAUACUUAGAUUGACGAUUGAGAGCACUGCUCGCGAGUUUAUAGGGAAGGGCAACUCAACCACCCUUGCUGCGAGUGUGAAUUUUGUCGAUUUAGCAGGAAGUGAGAGGGCAUCUCAAGCAUUAUCAGUUGGGCAAAGACUGAAAGAAGGCUGCCAUAUAAAUCGUAGUUUACUAACUCUAAGCACUGUCAUUCGCAAACUUAGCAAAGGAAGAAACGGGCACAUCAAUUACCGAGACUCGAAGCUUACACGGAUACUGCAGCCUGCAUUGGGAGGCAAUGCAAGAACAGCCAUCAUUUGUACCUUGAGCCCUUCUAGAAGCCACGUGGAGCAAUCAAGAAACACCCUUUUAUUCGCCAGCUGUGCCAAAAAAAUAUCCACAAGUGCUCAAGUCAACGGGGGCAUGUCCCAAAAGGCACUGGGCAAACAUCUGCCAAAAAAAGUUGCCCGGGUGGAAAACGAAUUUAAGAGUACCCCCGGACCUCCCGUGUGGGACCACGGCGCUUUUUUUAAAAAAAAAGACGCGCCAAUUGAAAAGGUUAUACAGUUCUUUGGUUACAAAAUGAAUCAAUUUUUGCUGCAUGCUGACGUGGCUUCCCACUUCACUAAUCUGCAGUUAGAGAAAGAGAUCAGCGAGCUAAAGAAGCAACGGGAUCUUGCUCAUUCUCGAAUAGAUGAUUUACUCAGAGCUAUUGAAACUGAUAAAGCUUCUUCGCAAAAAGACGAUGAAAUAAUUCACUCCGAAAGUAGUUAUUCAUCCGAUGAUAUAUCUGAUUUAAGCCAUAAAACAGAGGACCUUCAUUUGGGAUUCGGACAAGAUACCGACGAAAUCUGUAAGGAAGUACGUUGCGUUGAGAUGGACAAAUCUGAUGGAACAAACGAAUCAUUUGGCCAAUCGACUAGUGAGAGUGAAGAAAGCAUGCCGAUUUUGUCCGAGUCUAUAAAUAGCCCCGUUCUGGAACAACAUGCAUUAUCAGAUUUACGUACACAAGCUACUGUUAAUUGUAAUUACGGUGAAUUAAAUCAGAAAAUUCAAGAUGUUGAGAAGACGAUAGAUUCUCUUUUCAAACAAAACCCUAAUGCAUCAACGUCUCCCCGGGCCCCAUCGGCAAGUACGGAAGCUUCCGGAAGCUUCAAACUGACGAGAAGCCAAAGUUGUGGUAGAGCUAAUGUAAUGACUGCCUUGUCUGAAUUUGAGAUGUCUGAACAAUUACAAAGCGAGAGUACACCACCAACUGCGUUGGAGAAGAACUUUGCAAGGAAGCAAUGGAAGCUUCCUCCGGUUAUUUACGGUACGGAUAUUGCAAGGCUUGCGAGAAACGAUUCUCGAUCUUCUGACUAUAGUAGUUUCGUGGAUGAAAUAAGGGAUCAAAACUACAGCCACGAGGAAGAGGAUAUUCCCACUCUCGGUUCUUUCGUCACUGGACUUAGAGAAAUGGCAAAGAUUCAGUAUGAAAAUCGAACCGGGCAUCAGAUUCAAGAGAUAGAAAAGAGAGAUGAAAAUAUAGCAGGAGAUCAAAUGAUGAAUGAUUGGCCUCUAAAGUUUGAGAAAUUGCAGAAAUCGAUAAUCGAACUGUGGCAAACUUGCAAUAUUUCACUGAUCCACAGGACAUAUUUUAUCCUCCUUAUUAAAGACGGCGUAAAAGAUUCCAUCUACGUAGAGGUAGAGCAUAGGAGAUUAUCUUUUCUCAAGGAAAUAUUUUCCACAGGAACUUCGGUUGUACAAGAUGGCCGUACUCUUACACUAGCAUCAAGUAAGAAAUCUCUUCGGCGCGAGAGAGAAAUGCUGAGCAGGCUGAUGUAUAAAAGAUACACCGAAGACGAAAGAAACAGAAUCUACAAAGAGUGGGGUAUUAAUUUGAACUCGAAACAAAGGAGGCUACAACUGGUUCACCUUUUAUGGACCGACACCGAAAAAACGGACCACAUCACAAAGAGUGCUGCCAUUGUUGCCAAGCUUAUUGGUUUCUCGCACAACGGGCGAGCCCUCAAAGAAAUGCUUGGACUUAGUUUUACGCCUCCACGUGUCGUCAGAAGAUCAUUAAUUACCUGGAAAAAAACAGCGUGACAUCUUUUUUUUUUUUUUUUUUUUUUUUUUUAUGAGGUUUUCUCAAUAGUUUUUAAGGUUUGAUUAGAAAUUCUGUUUCCGAUGUUUAGGAAAUGUUGUUGUAUGGUUUGGUUUUGUGUGUCAUAUGCUUGAGAUUUUGUUAUCAAAAUUUUCAGUUAUUUAUAGUUAUAUAAGUGUUGGUUUCCCUA